AUGCGCUACCACGUCCUUGGUGUAGGGUCCAUAGGAUCGCUCAUCGCCUUUCAUCUCAAGCGCUCCGUCAAACUCCAGCGUCAGCUUCUCCAACCAGGGCCGUCCUCCUCCAAGUCACGGCGAGAGCUUCUGCUCUCCAACCUCACCAACAAACGUCCACCCCAGAACCAAGGCACCAUCGUCUCCUCGCUCAGCCUACCGCCUUACAUCCAAUCCAACCUUCCGGACCCACAGCAGACGUCCGUCACACUACAUUUGCGCAGAAAGGCGUUCGGUAGGCAAGCGCAGAAGCGUUACCUCAACUCGAUCGUAGUCGAGCAGGAUGGCGUUAGGGACAUCGAAGGUGGCUUUCAGACAGAUUUCAGCUCCAGCUCAACGGAUGUUAUCGCCACGAUCGUGCGUCAGAAUCGUGCAAAUCAGGCACAGACACAGGAAGACGACGACGACUCGGAAUCGGAUCGUUUCUCGAUAUCUAGGACACAGACGGGUUCGAAAUCCGCAUCCAUAGGAGAGCAGACUUCUUCCAACAUCCCACUACCAGAUAAUGACGGUGGCCUCUCCCUCAUCUCCACCCUCGAGGGAACCUACUCUCAACCACGAGCCAGUCCGAUCGACAGCCUGAUCGUCACCACCAAAUGCGACUCGACACUAUCCGCGAUAGAGAGCAUCCGUCAUCGCAUACAUCCAUGGUCCACCAUCGUGUUGCUGCAGAACGGCAUGGGUGUACUCGAUACGCUCUUCGAGAGGUUCUUCAAGGACCCCGAUCAACGGCCGAACUUUGUGCUUGCUUCGACCACGCAUGGGUGUUGGAGGAAGGGACCAUUGGAUGUAGUGCAUGCCAGUGCGGGCACGCUGCAUUUCGGAAUCGUGCCUAGCGGUCGUUCCGGACCGGAAGGCUUCGAAGCGGCACGAGUUCCGUUCGGUCAGACGAUCGCGACCACACGAGGCGUUGCGUUACCAACCAGAGGAACAGGCAGAAAAGCCAAGGGAUGGGAGCGUUUCUCCCCCGACACAGACUCCAACCCCGUCGAAGAGAUACCCGAUCCAAAUUCGCCUUCCACCAAACUUUCCAUCGCCAACAUUCCCGAUCAACCCAACCUCCGUACGCUUCGUUCCACCGUCGCCGCGCUUCUCUCGCUGCCCCUCAACGUGGAAUGGGAGCCCAUUCGAGAGUUCCAACUGCGUUCCUUGCGAAAACUCGUGAUCAACGCCUGUAUCAACCCACUCACAGCUCUCGCCGACUGCAAGAACGGAGAUCUCUUCGGCAACCCUGCUGCCAUGGACGCGAUGUGGUCCGUCUGCCUCGAAGCAGGUAUGAUCCUCGAAGCACAAGUUCGCGAACACCUCUCUUCUUCCACCAGCACGCAAAGGAAAUCCUCGUCAACGCUUUCCGUGGAAGAUCUCGUUCUGCUCUCAACCGAUACGGGCGAACCAAUGCUCAACCCAAGCUUGACCCCACAAGCCCUAUUCCAAGAGGUUCAACGCGUCGCUCGGUUGACAGCGGCAAAUUGGUCCUCCAUGCACAGCGACCUCAAAAGCAGAAGAGGCAGCACAGAAAUCGACUACAUCAACGGCUACAUCUCCGCCCUCGGUAGAGGUUACAACAUCGACACUACGGCAAACGAUCUCUUGACAAACCUGAUCAAGUUGAAGACCAAAAAAGUCACCGGCUCAGGUCGUCUAUAA